AUGGCGCCGUCCGACCAACUGGCCACUACUACCGUUCCAGGCCGUCCGAAGCCACCCUCAGCUACCCAAGACGGACACAAGGUCACCACAGAAGCAGAAAAAGCACCACGAGCGGUAGUAACGACGAAUACAACCACAGGAGCAGGGAAAUGGGAGGCGGAUAAGUCAUCACCAUUGGAGUUUCGCGGCUUCGAUUUCUUCGCUAAUCGCGACUUUAACGAGCUGAAGAAUGCGUCGCGGGCCUAUUUUGCGCCUUCUGCCAAUUCCGAAAGGCGUCAACGCCUACCGUCCACGUGGUUAGGCGAUGCGACACCCCCUAGCAGCCCGCGACCCUCCGACGAAGGGCCCUCUGCUGGAGGAGAUAGACUUCCUUCCCCGCUCAGUGGAAAGACGCCUUCAGGAGAGAAGAAAAUAAUAGGGUUGAAGAAAACCCAAUUCUGGUGGCUGGUGGCAUUAAUAUCGCUCUUAUUAGUUGUUGCAAUCGGGGUCGGGGUUGGUGUUGGGGUCGGUAGAGGAGUAUCGCAAAGUUCUAAUGAGGCUGCUGUUGCUGGCGUCAGUGUAGGUGCCGCUUCAUCGUCAAGCCUAUCUUCAAGCUCAAUCACUUCUACAACUACUGGUAUCUCGACGACGUCCACCUCUAGCCCCUCGAAGACCAGUACCUCAUCGAGUUCCACCCCUACCGGUAAUGCCGAGGGAAAAAUUGACUGCCCGGCCGCUAACGGGACUACAUACCAAGUUCCUGGUUCCGAUAAGCGAUUCUUACGAAUCUGCGGUAUAGAUUAUAGCGACAACGAAUCAACAAAUCUGCGCCAGGUCCCUACGGAGAGUAUAUUGGACUGCAUGAAAAACUGUGCCGGGACUGCUGGGUGCACGGGUUGCGGUUGGGGCUAUAUUGAGGGCGAUACGGGGACCCAGCACACCUGUUGGCUGAAGGGCGGUUUAAAGAAGCCUCACGAUACUGACAUCAAUUGGGCCUUUGCUAAACUUCUAUAA